AUGGGCCACCAAAAUAUCAAAAGCGACUGUGGAACGGUUGGCACUCGUAAAGGUUCUUCGCCGAUAAGCCGUCCAGCUCUUUCCGUGUUCGGCACGUUGGUGAUGCUUCUCGUUGCGGUGCAAUUCCCGUUCGCCGAUGGAUAUCGUAUGCAGCGAACCCAAUCCAGUUGUUACUACAAUGGUACCCACUUUAUGGAGGGUUCGAUCGUGCCGACGAAAGAACCGUGCUUGAUGUGCAAAUGCACGGAGAAGACGCUAAUAUGCGCGCUAAAAGUGUGUCCAGAGCAACCGAUUCCACCGCCGAGAGGGUGCAUUCUGGUGCACAAAGCCGGGUCUUGUUGUCCGUAUCUGCAGUGUUCCAAGUUGAACUUGGCGGUGAAAAACAAUGGCGAUCGAAAGAAGCUACACUUUUUGGAUUACUACGAAAAGGCAGCCCAGGAGCGGUUGGAAAAGCCCAACUCGUAUCUGAGACGUUCGGAUGACGAUGAGGUGGAAGAUAAUGGAGCGUGUAUCAUUAAUGGAACAGUAUACAAAUCGGGUUCGGCCAUGGUUAGUUCAACACUUUGCUCAUACUGCUACUGCAUCAAUGGACGGCAGAAGUGUGUAAAACCCAAAUGUGCCCUAGCAAAUCAAAAAUGUGCCCCAGUGUUUGUGGAUUCCGCUUGCUGUCCCAUACGGUACGAUUGUAGCGGAAAAACUCCUAUCAAAACCAGUGCCACUGAGCUGUCCACCGAGUCGGCAAAUCAUGUCCGUCGGAUCAAUAACAAACACUAUCAACGCAUGACGGAACGAAGAGGUUACCGUAGCAAUGGGUGUACGUCCGGAGGCCAUACGUACCCGGACGGCGAGAAGAUGAAGUCGGAAGAUCCAUGUGAAGUGUGCUACUGCAUAAGAGGACAACGAAAAUGUACUCCGAAGAAGUGUGCACCGGCCAUCAAGGGCUGUACGCCACGAGUACCGCGUGGCGAGUGUUGUGCGGUGCGAUACGAUUGUAAACAUGGCGAACAGAAACCAUUUGGACGUAAAAUGGAAGACGAGGAAGAAUCGUUUGACUUUUUCUCAAUCCUCUUCGGGCCUGAUCCCGACGCACCGAAAGAGGAAGCGAAGAAUGCUACAAAAACCAUUGAAGUGCCCGUCACUGAAGCUACCCCCGUAAGUACAACAUCGGAGAAAAGUUUUCUGGACUUGUUGCGUGCUGGGCUUGACUUUAUCGAUGACGCUGGAGAGGAUGAGCUGCUACUGAGCACCACUUCAGCAUCGGAAGGAAGCACAUUCGGUUCCACGGAGGCACCCCCCGAGCUGCAAACCGUCAAGGUUGAGAUCAUUCAGGAACCGCAAGCGAUAUACAUUGAAAAGCCCGACUUUAAUUUCCCCGUAAGAAAGAUUCCACCGGUUCCAAUAAUGUUCAAACCGUUGCCGAAGAUUCCGACAUUGUUAAUGCAUGAGCCGAGCUUCCAGAACUUGGAGUCUGAUUCGUUGCUGAAAGAAAACCCUACAGAAGUGUCGAAUUCGCUUUCGGAAACUACCUUGAAGAACGUUCUCACUACGGAUAUUUUUACGGAGGAUAAAACAGAAGCAGUAGAAGUUGUUGCUACAACGACAACGACUACCGAGAGAACUACCCCUCCGGUGAUCAAAGUGAAGCAGACAUCCACUACCACAAUGCCACCUGGUAUUGUGAAAUCAGCUCAAAGAGUUACAGGAACUGUUCCGACUGGACCUGCAAGUACAACAUCCGGUACUACUUCGACUACUACUACUACUACUACUACGUCGACCGCAGCUCCAACUACUACUACUACUACUAUUUCUACCACUACGUCGACUGCAUCUCCAACUACUACUACUACCACCACUACAACUACCGAGAUUCCAACAACUACUACCACGACAGCUCCUACUACUACUUCAACUCCUCGUACAACUACCACAAAGCAAACAACAACGGUACCUCCUACGACUGCUAUUAAAACAGCCUCAUCUGCUACUACUAUCCCAAACACUGCAGCGCCAAUGAAGGUGGAAUCAUUGAUAGCUAAUGGUACCGAUUACUUGGCAACUACAAAAGCUCCAUUGACGAAAGAAGCCUUAUCCACUUCGACAAGCUCUUCUCUUAAGACUGAUUCUACCAAGCCAACAGGAAAAACUCCACCCACUUCUAGCGCCACAGCUCCUACGCCAAUGAAAACAUCUACGGAAUUCAUCAAGUCCACAUCAACAACACCUCUACCAGCAACAACGAAAAAGAUGGUAGUAUCUGAGAAAUUGGUACGAACAACAACGCAACCGGUCGUCAGUUCCACGCCAAUCGAUGUCGUUAUUAAAAUCGAUCAAUUGGUCGACAAACAAACGGUAGAAACCAUUCUUAACUCGCUCAAUGCUAAAAUAGAGAAAGUCACGAAGGUGACUGCUGUAGAACCCAUAACCACAACCACCAUUGCAACGAAGCGUCCCAACAAUAAAUUUGUUGGGUUCGAACCGGAAAAGAUACCAUCGACCAUUCUCUCCAAGAUGACUACAACAACGACGGAAUCGACGGAUUCUACUGCUUUGUUGAAUGACUUAACGACAUCCGUAACAACUGAGAGUGAAGCGACCUCAACGGUUGUGCCAGAUGUGACGACCCUGAUGAAGGAAACGACCGAUCGAUUGACGGAAGAAAUAAGCUCAAGUACGCUGAGGAUAAGUGAUAGUGAAGAGUCGACAAUGGUGACUUCCACUGUUCCUUCCGAAACAUCAACGUUGCAGGAUGAUAGUUCUGCUGAAACGUCCACGGAAGUGACCGAUACAACGGUCAAUUCUUACACGGACACUACCCACGAGGAACUCCGAACGGAGGCGUUCAGUGUGGAGAAUAACGAAACGGCCACUACCACUGAAACGAUCACGUCGAUCCCACCGACAAAAUCAACACCCACUGUAGCAACGCGUCCACCGAACCCGUUGAAGGAGAACAAUCUUUUGUCCGUGCUGUUGAGCGGACUGUCCAACAUUUUCGAUGCAACGAAGAACGAUUCCGGCAAACAGGGACAGAAAAAUCGCACGGAAUAUCGCCCGAUCACACCGAAACCGAUUCCGAUCAGUGGCUUCCACAAGGUGAGCAAUAUUCCUUCGAUUUUGGAAUCGGAUAUUGGGUUGGACUACGACGAACCGACACUGCCACCGAGUUUACCGAACCUGAAGAUCAUUCCGUUCCUGCCGGCGGAUGCAGUGAAAAAGAACGAACCGCCAAAGCCGGCCAGUAUUGUACCACCGACGUACACGUACUUCAAGAACCAUCCAAAUAACUAUCCGAUAGUGAACGAUCCGUACGAGACACCGACCGGGUACGGGGUGAGCAAUGAGCACGAAAUUCUUCAUCCGGGUUUGACGUACAAGGCACCCGGAAAACCGAUGGCGGAGUACGAGUAUUCGUACGAUCCGGCGAUCAACUAUCCUGCGUUGACCGAGAGCUACGAUGUGGAUGCAAAGAAUGGGUACUACAACACGAAGGUUAUACGCGACAAGUAUGAUACGGUCGAUGAAAUGGACUACGACUACGACACGGACACCAUACACAAGUACUCGGAACAUCCGCAAAAGCAAGACUUGUUCAAGAACGAGCUGAAGAAAUUCAUCCCCACGAAGUAUGAGGUACCGCAGGAAGGCACCUAUGUACCGGUGUACGAUAAGUAUGGUGUGGGAUAUCCGGAGAAGAACGUCUACUACACGAACCACAAGGAGCUGGCCUACGGUGGAGCGAAGCUGGACAAGAUACAGCCAAGCACCGAUAAUCCACUGUUCCGGAUUGAUGGAACGGAUAUGAGUGGAUUCUCGCCGCCAACGAAAACGGAAGGUGGUUUUGUACCAAAGGAACCGAUCAAGGAUGAGUUUUACUAUGAAAGUUACGCUACUACACCGUCCCCGAUAGAACUGACGGACGAUCAUCACGCGAAGUUACCAUAUAACGCCACACCAACCAGUUCCUAUGGAGCAACACCAUCUAAUCCGUUCAUCGAUGUGAUCCGAACGGAACCGGCACCUCCGUUAAUGUCUCUGAUCGAGGACAAAGAGAAGCUACUUUCGACACUGCAAUCGAAGAAUACCUCGCUAGAGGAUCUACUGGGCGAUCCGAGCGAAGGGGGUGAUGAUUUUGAGAAGCAAAUCAUAUCGAUAACGACCGACUCGAACUACCUAUCCGCAGUGUCCGAGGAACACGUACCGACGCAGCGCACUACUUCCUCGAAACCCAACUUUACCGGAUUCGAGCUAAACUUCCCAGUUUCGGUGCACCAUUCCGAAGAACCCGUAUCGGAGGCAACCAAACCAGCUGGUAAUGCCGGUCAUGCCGACCAUGAACCUGAACCGAGCGGAAUGUUCAGUCUGGAGAACAUGUUGAACUACUUGCUGCGCGAGGAGGAUCCCAUUAAUGAGAAUAAGUUGAAGAAUACCACGGGUGGUAGUGGCACUGCCGGAUCGCUUGGAGAUGGAAUCCCGCCGUUCAAGACACUACCUUCCCGACUGACGGCCGUCUACGAUCCGACGGUUGGUUUGGAGGCUUCCCUCGGUGAUGUGAAACCACCGUCGGACGAAGAACUUCACGAUGGCACGGUAACGCUCAAGGUGGAGAGUGCCAAAAACGAUACUAAAACGCUGUACCGGCCUUCCCUGCUCGAUCUGCCGUUCCUGAAUCCGGGCUUCCACACGAAACCUAUCAACCAGCCCGAAUCAGACCCGGAGUCACAAAAUGAGCUGGAUCGAUACGGGUAUACGGGUGGUACUCCGGAGCAUCGCGCUGAUCCGUACCAGGUCAUUGCCGAAGGUACGCCCGGUGUCAGCGCCGAAUCGUACGUGGUCAAUCCGGUGGAUAUUAACAAGCUGAAGCAACAUCACUCCGAAGGUACGGCGGAGAUUACCAUGAAGUCGAAGGUGAAGGAUACGGUGGGCAUACUGAAGCUGGCCGGAUGCAACAUCUACGGGCGCAUGUACCGAGUGGGACGGAUCAUAUCGGAGCUAUCGGGGCCAUGUCUGGAGUGUAAAUGUACCGAAGUGGGUGUGCACUGUACGCCCUUGGAUUGUCGAAGGCGGCGGUAA